AGAAAUCGUCAGCUCCAGGUCAGAAAUAGAGGUGUAGAUCCGAAUUUUCUCACUACACAUACACCAAAAACCUAGGGGGGGCAGCGGACAAGGGGGGAUUUGAUGAAAAAGCUCCUGGUAUCGCUGAGAGCAAGAGAGAAGGCACAGUGGAUGGGAUUAUAGAAGAUACGCGAAACGGAUCGUCAUCGAUACAGCCAGCCAAUUCCGUUUCGGCUGCUGGGCCACUGUUCUCCAGGCUAGACCAUACUAAAAAUAGUUUAACCGGCCUGGAUUCACAUUCACUACACCAUGGUGUGUAGUAGUUGUAUAGUGUGGUGUUGUGCUCGGAAAUCUGGACCACCUAUUAUUAUUAUACUUUUUGUGUUGGGCAGCAUCGGCAGCAAGACGGCCCGUUCUACAGACACUUUUCACACAAUACUCUUCUCAACUCCGAUCCAUUAUUCCCAGUCGCAAUUUUUGAUUCUCACCACUGUGACGGUUGAAAGUGAAUGAUAUUCUUUUUUUCAAAGACACAUUUUUUUUUGAUAUCUCUGUGCGCACUCCUGAUCAGUGAUCAUCCUUGCCUGGAAUACGCGAUCACAUUCUGUGCCCCGCGAGUGAUCAAGUGCGUGAUCGAGUGAAAGACUGUUCUGUGAUCACCAUAAUCGGUCAGGAUUUGUAAACGUGCAAUGUGCAGUUGGAGAAAAAAUUGAAAGUUACUGAAGAACAAUUUUCAAUCGAGAAAUCAAAAGAAAAAAAAAAGAUCACUUGCAAUUUCUACUCCGACUAAGAAUCCCGUUCAUCUCAAAGACAAUCUAUUUAAAAAGACAGAGAUCAUCGAUCGCAUCAAUGGAUGCUGCUCAGCCGUCCAACAACACCCAGCAGUUUUGCCUGAGAUGGCACAAUCAUCAGGCCAGUCUGUUGAGUUCGUUGCCCCUCCUGCUGGAUCAGUCUCAUCUCACUGAUGUCACAUUGUCAGCCGAAGGGAGAACUGUGAGGGCACAUCGAGUUGUACUGAGUGCAUGCAGUACAUUCUUCUCAGAACUAUUUCGAACACUCGAUCCACCCUAUCAUCCAGUUGUUGUGCUUCCGGGCGCCUCAUUUGGCGCCACAGUUGCCCUCCUCACCUUCAUGUACUCAGGAGAGGUUAAUGUGUUCGAGGAGCAAAUCUCCAGCCUACUCUCCCUAGCCGAAACACUGGGCAUCAAAGGACUGGCUGACUUCAAUGGGAAUGCCCCAAAGACAUCACCAAAGCGAGAGACUGCUUCAGCUCUGAAAGACACCUUGGAUAUGCCGGCAGCUGCCAUCUCAGCUAAAGUCUCAUCACCCCUUGAGACACUCUUCUCCAAACCCUUCCCCUUCUACCCAAAUCUCCUGCCUCAGCCAAUUAAUUUCUCCCAGAACGCCAAUCGGGCCUGUGAUCUAUUCGCACGGUACCAGAAUCAAGCUGGAAAAUUCAAUCUUCUGGGGCAGGAUGGGAAAAACCACGAUGAUCACUUAGAUGAGGAGAACAACAACAGAAGAAUGUACAAUGAGCACCGAAAGCACAAGGCAGACAUGAAGAAAAUUGAUAAGAUAGCUGAGAACCUAAGAACGUCCAACAAGAACUAUCUAGAUCAGCAGCAGCAGCAAAUGCAGAAAGGAGCCCUUGUACCACAAUCCCCACCUACCCCUGUUGUUCUGAAACCACCACCGCCCCUCCCGCCGGCACUCCAGCAUCACUUUAUGCCAGACGACACCGGCACCACCAUGAUCAAAACCGAAAAUCCCCUGAUGGAACCACCACACACUUCCCACUCACAACCCUCAACUCCCACAAUGACCCCUGACCCCAUGAGUAGUGAAUCAAUGUUGGAGAAAUCCAUCGCGAGUGCCAUCACCAAGCCGGGCAAUUCAAAGCUCUACGCCACGUGCUUCAUCUGCCACAAGCAGCUCAGCAAUCAAUACAACCUGAGAGUUCAUCUGGAAACUCAUCAGAAUGUUCGAUAUGCAUGUACCGUUUGCUCUCACGUAUCUCGCAGCAAGGAUGCCCUUAGGAAGCACGUAUCGUACCGACAUCCGGGAGCUCCUAGCCCAUGUGAAUCCGAGACAAGGCGGAAGCGUGCCAAAAUGAUGGGACAACCAAUAAAGCAAGAGCUAAUUGAUCCCCAAGCCCUGCUGACAUCACUGCAGCAGCAACAGGCACAAAUGACAUCCGCCUCGACGUCUCAGACACCAAUAGUACCUCCAUGCCCGUCUCCACAGCAGGCACACCAAAUUCCCACACCUCCGGACACUCUGUCCACCCCCAGCACUGAACUGGGAGCGACUAAUUUAACCAAAGACACCAAGAAUCACGAGACUAUGCAGUAAGGGUUCAUCAUCCACUUGACGGACAAACCCCAAGACACUGACCAAGUUGCAAAGAACAAGUUCACCUGCACAACGAUUAUCAGUCAGCAAAAGACUAAAUACCACAGAUUUCUCUCUAAUUUUCACUUUCACUCUUAUCUUUUUUUUUUGUUCUUUUUCUUAAUAAGAAACUCUCCCCUAGCUGUGAUAGAAUAUUUAUGAUAGUUUACAAACAAAA